AUGGCUUCCAGAGGAAAGACAGAGACAAGCAAAUUAAAGCAGAAUUUAGAAGAACAGUUGGAUAGACUAAUGCAGCAAUUACAAGACCUGGAGGAAUGCAGAGAGGAACUUGAUACAGAUGAAUAUGAAGAAACCAAAAAGGAAACUCUGGAGCAACUAAGUGAAUUUAAUGAUUCACUGAAGAAAAUUAUGUCUGGAAAUAUGACUUUGGUCGAUGAACUAAGUGGAAUGCAACUGGCUAUCCAGGCAGCUAUCAGCCAGGCCUUUAAAACCCCAGAGGUCAUCAGAUUAUUUGCAAAGAAACAACCAGGUCAGCUUCGGACAAGGUUAGCAGAGAUGGAUAGAGAUCUCAUGGUAGGAAAGCUGGAAAGAGACCUGUAUACUCAACAGAAAGUGGAGAUACUUACAGCUCUCAGGAAGCUUGGAGAGAAGCUGACUGCAGAUGAUGAGAACUUCUUGUCAGCAAAUGCAGGUGCUAUUCUCAGCCAGUUUGAGAAAGUCUCUACAGACCUUGGCUCUGGAGACAAAGUUCUUGCUCUGGCAAGUUUUGAGGUUGAAAAAACGAAAAAAUGA